AUGUUUGUUUUAGGGAAAUCCAUACCGAUUCACUGCACGGUGUGUUCAGUGGAGAUUGAUAGUAACGGGAACCGAGUGGAAGACCGGGGUUUGUCAGAUGCGUACGCUAUUGUGCCGGUGGAAACGCCGUUUGUGGACCUGGUACCCACUGCUUUGGCAAAACUGGGCUUCUCUGGAGCCGAAUGCGUGUAUGCCACUGGAGCCUUGGUGAUAAAGAAUUGGAAGCCUUUGGCACUGCAAGAAGUGUGCAUUAGCCAGAGUGCGACUGUGGGGGAAAUGUUGGCGGAAUUGACGACCAUGAUCACGUUGAGCAUCCGUGUGUACAGGAGAUCGAGUGCAUGUUGGAUAGAGAGCAUCCGAGAAAAGUUGGCGAGCUUUGCACUGGGCCUGGUUUGGUCCCAAGGAGACGGAGCUGCUGGGGGCUGUCCUGUUGAUCAGGGGUUUUGGCCCUUGCCCCCUCCACCAGGAGUGUCACUCAGCACGGAUCUGCGAUGGUUUUCGGCUGCUGAUCCGUCUGCCGAACGUCACGCGGCUGAGGCCCCCACCGUUUCCGCCUCGCUUCCGGAAGAAGCCGCUCUGUUCCUUUUUUUCACUUCCUUCCUGUUCUUCUUGGGGUACGCCAAAGAAAAAGCGAGAAAGCAAAUCCGAAAUAUGAACGAACGGGUGCUUGUCAUCGGCGUGGGGCACUCCGAAGCAGGAUCUGCUUCCCUGCGAUCUUAA